AUGGAACCGAAAAAAAGAAAAGUUGAAGAUGAAAAUAGACAGUUUUUGCCGGAAUGGACCGAUUUAUAUUGUUUUACGCUGCCAAAUCGUGCUGGAGCGUUACCAAUGUGCUUGAUUUGUAACCAAACAGUGGCGUUAAUUAAAAGCUCGAAUAUAAAACGACAUUACGAUACUAAACACAAAUCAUUUGCUGGAAACUUUCCACUUGGUAGUGAUCAGCGUAAGUCUAAAAUUGCAAGUUUACUAUCAAGUUACUCGUCUUCGACCCAGAUCAUAAGUCGCUCAAUGACUGAACAGGAAAAAUGUGGUGAGGCUUCUUUACGUAUUUCUUGGACUCUGGCUAAGCAUAUGAAACUAUUUACUGAUGCUGACGUAGUUAAAGAAUGCUUUCUUGAGGCGGGUAAUGCUUUAUUUGAGAACAAAAAGGAUGUUGUUGAGACGAUACGACGGAUUCCGUUAUCUGCUUCUACUAGCACUAGAAAUACACACGUUUUGGCAGAAGAAAAUCAUUUUGAUUUGAAACGGCAGUUAAAUAAUGCAAACUAUUAUGCCUUGGCUAUGGAUGAAUCAUGCGAUGUCACUGAUACGGCACAGUUAAUUAUUUUUGUACGCUACCUGGACAAAACGAGAGAAACUUUUGUUGAGGAGAUAUUGGCUCUUUUGCCGCUCUUAGGAAGAACCCGAGGAGAAGACAUCAUCAAAGCAGUGAUGGAUUAUUUUGAAAAAGAUGAGUUAGACUUGAAGAAGCUCUUAUCGGUAACUACUGACGGUGCGCCAGCUAUGGUUGGGAGUAAAAAAGGACUAGUUCACCUGUUGAGAAGCUAUGAGAGAUGUAACGAAAAUUUGAUUUCCUACCAUUGUAUUAUUCAUCAAACUGUGCUUUGCUGCAACCUCAAUCAUAAUUUUGAGCGUAUUAUGCAAGAAGUGAUAAAAAUAGUAAAUUUUCUUCGUGCUAAAUCAUCAUUGCAACACCGUGAAUUGAAAUCAUUUCUUGAAGAAGUUGAUGCACAAUAUGACGAUCUACUGUUGCAUAAUAAUGUGAGAUGGUUAAGUAAAGGUUGCGUUUUAGAAAGAUUCUUCAGCAUUUUAGAACACUUGAAGACAUAUCUUUUUAACAGUGAUCAGACUUCAGCAAACGCUUACUUAAGUUUUCUAAACGAAAAAGAAAAUGUUGCUGUCAUUGCUUUCUUAACUGAUACUUUUAAACAUAUCAAUGACCUGAACCUUAAACUUCAAGGCAAGGGAAAGCUGAUAUGCGAGCUCAUGUCAGACGUUAAAAGUUUUUCUCGAAAACUUGAUCUCUUUAUUAAUGAUCUUGGAAAUGAAUGCCUACACCAAUUCCAAUUAAAUAAUAUUAAUAAAAUAUACCAAUUUAAAUAA